CUACGCGGUGUGUGGAAAGUAGCGUCGUGCCUUCCCAGCCCACUGUUGUGAAGACGGAAGUGACAAGACGACUUCCCUUAGGCAAACAUCUUUUUGGAAAUAGUUGGAUGUAAAUAUCGCCGCUUGCCCAGAUAUGUCAGUUGCAUACAAAAACAGAAUACAGGACUUCAAAGUAGCUUUGACUGAAGAAAACAUAGACUUGAAAACAUUAAGAGAGCUGUGCUUCAAUGGAAUUCCAUUCGAAGGAGGCAUACGGGCACUUUGCUGGAAGAUUCUUCUUAAUUACCUUCCUCUUGAUCAGACGCGAUGGGAUUUGUUCCUCAAAAAAGAAAGGGAGGUGUAUUCCCAGUUUUUGAAAGAAAUGAUCAUUCAACCUGGCAUUGCCAAAGCCAACCUGGGACUAUCCAGAGAAGACGUUACCAUGGAAGAUCACCCUCUAAAUCCAAAUCCAGAGAGCAGGUGGAACACUUACUUCAAAGAUAAUGAAAUUCUUCUCCAAAUUGAUAAGGAUGUCAGGAGACUGUAUCCAGACAUGGCCUUUUUUCAGCGCCCUACAGACUACCCUUGCCAACUUAUCUUAGACCCUCAGAAUGAUUACGAGACGCUGCGUCGGCGAGUGGAACAAACAACUCUGAAAGCACAAACUGUAAAUCGCAACCGCAGUGGAGUAACCAAUGUCAGCUCCCCUGGAAAGUCUUUGAACCUGUAUCCAUCUAAUGAAUACGAGGUGUUGCCCAAUGGGAGUGAAGCACACUGGGAAGUGGUGGAGCGCAUUCUGUUCAUCUAUGCCAAACUCAAUCCUGGGAUCGCUUACGUCCAGGGCAUGAAUGAAAUUGUCGGUCCAAUUUACUAUACCUUUGCCACAGACCCCAACAGCCAAUGGAAAGAGCAUGCAGAAGCUGAUACAUUCUUCUGUUUUACCAACCUAAUGUCAGAAAACAGAGAUAAUUUCAUCAAGAGCCUGGAUGAUUCUCAGUGUGGUAUUACGUACAAAAUGGAGAGUGUGUAUUCAAUGUUGAAGGGAAAAGACCUGGAGCUCUAUCUCAAACUGCAAGAACAAAAUAUCAAGCCCCAGUACUUCACCUUCCGCUGGCUGACCCUGUUGUUAUCACAGGAGUUCCUCCUUCCAGAUGUCAUCCGCAUUUGGGAUACUCUCUUUUCUGAUCAGGACCGCUUCCACUUCCUCAUCCUGGUCUGCUGUGCCAUGCUCAUCCUGAUCCGGGAUAACUUACUGGCAGGAGACUUCACAGUGAAUAUGAGAUUACUACAGGAUUACCCCAUCUCAGAUGUCCACACCAUUCUUACCAAAGCCAAAGAGCUGCAGGACAACUCGUAACCUGGUUGGUGAGUGGAGGCCCAUUCAACAAGGAAGCAUUAUCAUGUAUAUGUUAAAGGACCUAAAUGCAUGUGUUGUGGGGAAAAACAGCAUAUUGCCUUUGAACUUGAUGACUGAUAUUGCGGUCGCUGGGGACUGCUAAAAGAACUGGAACGAUGGAAGGAGGAAAUGCAUCCUAUUGCAUUAUGGGGAACAGGUCCCCGUGCUCGUCCUCCAUUCUCAACCCUUCUCCCGUGGAGACCUGUCGUCCUGACUGAGUUUUCAUACGGGGCAGCGGGAGGCACGUUGCGUCGGUUCUAACUAGUCGUUAUUUAAACAUUCCAGAGUUGUUCAAGAAUUGAGUUGACAUUUUACCGAAACACUGCAAUAGCAUAAUAAAUUAGUUUGAGCAAUAGUGCAUGUUUUCAGUUGUUGUGCUAUUUUAAAAAACUGGAUGAAACUUUUUUUUUUUUUAACUUGGACAAUGUCAGUAUUUGAAAGGUGGUUAUGAAGCGAUGAGACUCGCAUUGUGUUUUGCAGAAUUUCAGAUUUGUGCCUUCAGCCCAGUGAUUAAUUACAACCCCUAGAAAAAAGUAUGGAAUCACCAGUCUCGGACGAGCACUCACUGACAUUUUAUCAUGUAGAACAAACUCAGAUAUAAAACGCUUGAAAAAAUAAUGAGUUAGUUCAAAAGUGCAACUCUUUAUCAUUCAGAAACACUAAAAGAAAUGAAUGAAAAACAUUGUGGUGGUCAGCAAAUGUUACUCUUAUGGAGCAAGUGCAGGGAAAUAUAUAUGGAAUCACUCCAUUCUGAGGGGGAAAAAAAUGAACUCAUGAGAAACAAACAAAGAAAUAAGAAUCAAAACACAUCUCUAGUGUUUAGUAGCACCACCUCUGGCUUUUAUGACAGCUUGCAGUCUCUGAGGCAUGGACUUGAUUAGUAAUCUUCAUCAAUUUCGUGCCAACUCUCUUUGAUUGCAGUUGCCAGAUAAUCCUUGCAGGUCGGAGCCUUGCUGUGGACCAUUUCCCCCCCUAUUUUCACCACAGGUUCUCAAUAGGGUUGAGAUCUGGGCUAUUUGCAGGCCAUGACUGGAGUGCUUUAACAGUUUUAGCUCUGUGGCAUGAUGCAUUGUCAUCUUGGCAAAUGACAAACAUAUUCUCAAUUGAAGGGAUAAGAAAGCUGUCUAAAAUUCCAACGUAAACUUGUGCAUUUAUUGAAUAUUUAACCACAGCCAUUUCCCCAGUGCCUUUGCCUGACAAGCAGCCCCAUAUCAUCAAGGACUGAGGCAAUUUUGAUGUUUUCUUCAGGCAGUCAUCUUUGUAAAUCUCACUGGAACAGCACCAAACAGAAGUCAAGAAUCAAGAGUCAAGAAUCUGCAUUGGACAAGGUGAUGAUGUUGGAACUUUUGUUUGGUGCUGUUCCAGUGAG